GUGGCUCACGCUCUCAGUCUGCUGCAGGUGGACACUCAGGACUAUAUAAAGGGGCGGUGGAUGCAGAAAUGCAUCAGGAGAUGCCCUCCUGUUUCUAAGGCACGGCCUUUGUGAAAAGGAAGAAGAAACUGGAAAGUGAAACUGACUUAAACUCAGCCAAAAGAGGAAAAGGAAACUGAAUGCCGAGGAUCUUCUAUGACCCCAGCCAUGAAGCUUUGUAGACGGCUGGAGUCAUUCCAUUCAUAUCUGUCUUCCCUGUGGGGUUUUAUUUAUCCUAAAUUCGGUUCAAGACUCUCAAAGAGGGCCCUGAUCUCCCGAGGUGUGUUUGUGUGGUAAAAUUCAGCUGGCUACUUUGAACGAGAGGAAGAUGCAGCUCCUGGCCCUGGUGAUAUGUUUUGUCCUUGGGAUCCUGCUCUCUGAGAGACCCACGGGGAUUGUAUCAGCUGUGGACCCUGAAGCAAACAUGAAUGUGACUGAAAUGAUCUUGUAUUGGGGAUACCCUUGUGAGGAACACUCGGUCCAGACGGAAGAUGGAUACAUUCUUACUCUUCACCGAAUCCCUCAUGGGCGGAAGAAACCUUUUGACAAAGGUCCCAAAACAGUUGUGUAUCUUCAGCAUGGGUUGCUGGCAGAUUCUAGUAACUGGGUUACCAACAUUGACAAGAGCAGCCUGGGUUUCAUCCUGGCGGAUGCCGACUUCGACGUGUGGAUGGGGAACAGCAGGGGAAACACCUGGUCUCGGAAGCACAAGACCCUCUCCAUAGACCAAGAUGAGUUCUGGGCCUUCAGUUUUGAUGAGAUGGCAAAAUAUGACCUACCUGCUUCAGUCAACUACAUUUUGAAUAAAACUGGCCAUCAGCAACUGUACUAUGUGGGUCAUUCCCAAGGGGGCAGCAUAGGUUUCAUAGCAUUUUCCCAGGUUCCUGAGCUGGCGAAGAAGAUUAAAAUGUUUUUUGCCCUGGGUCCUGUGACAUCUCUCAGCUUUGCUGUGAGCCCUUUGGUUAAACUGGGACGGUUACCGGACCUUCUUAUUGAGGACAUGUUCGGGCACAAGCAGUUUUUGCCGCAGAAUGCGAUGCUGAAGUGGCUGAGCACUCACGUUUGCACCCACGUUAUCAUGAAGGAGCUCUGUGCAAACAUCUUCUUUAUUAUCUGUGGCUUCAAUGAGAAGAACUUAAAUCUGUCUAGGGUGGAUGUGUAUUCAACGCACUGUCCCGCGGGAACCUCUGUGCAGAACAUCCUACACUGGGGCCAGCUUAUUAAACACCACCAGUUUCAAGCUUUUGACUGGGGAAGCAGUGACAAGAAUCAUUUUCAUUACAACCAGAGCAGUCCUCCCACGUACAGCAUGAAAGACAUGACUGUGCCCACUGCUUUGUGGAGUGGAGGCCAGGACUGGCUGGCAGACACCAGUGACAUCAAUAUCUUACUGACUGAGAUCCCCAACUUGAUCUACCACAAGCACAUUCCCGACUGGAACCAUCUGGAUUUUCUCUGGGGUUUGGAUGCCCCCUGGAGGUUGUACGACGAAAUAAUCAGUCUAAUGAGAAAAUACCAGUGAAUGCCAAACACCCUCCAGUAGGGGGAAAAAGAUAUUUGCUUAAUUUCUGUAAAUACUUGUGUUUUCCUUCGCCUAGAUCUUUUAUAUUUUUUUAUAUGCACGAAAAUGAUGACUUUGAAGAUGCCCAUUGCCCUCUGAUUAGUGAGAAGCAUGAUUCCUGUCUUAUGCCUAAUUGUGACUAACGAACAGCUAACAAACCGGCCUCACAAUCCAUGAUGCCUUUCUAAGUGUUUAGAAAGUAUGAGUGACACGUGAAAAAAAAAAUCAUUUUGUUUACUUUUUACAAUUGUUUUUGGUGUACACGCGUGCUGUACUUAUACAUGGGUAUGUGUGUGCUGGCCAGACCUGCCUUGUGUGGCGGUAAAGGCUAGUAUCAAGAUGUCUUCCUCAGUCACCGUCCACCUUAUGUUUUGGGACAGGGUCUCUCACUGAACUUGGAGCUCACCAUUUCAGCUAGUCUGGCUGUCCUGUGAGCCUCUAGGAUCUGCCUGUCUCUACCCUCCCCCUCACCAAUGCUGGGGUUACAGGCACAUGAUGCCCCACCCAGCAUUUUCACACUGACUCUAGGGACAGGAACUCAGGUUCCCAUACUUGUGUAUUGAGCAUUUUCCCCAUGGAACCGUCUUUUUAACCCCUUGGCAAUUUAAAAGCCUCUCGACAGCCUUUUCAUCCCCACCCAACACAUGUGAACACAUAACAGGACGCGUCAAGCUAUCGUUCAGUAACAAAAAUAAAUGUCAAAGACUUGAGCACACUGUGAAAGGGUCUUGUUGUGAGCUUGACACGGCAGUGCAAACCUGCAAAUCCAGGUACUUGUGAAACUGAAGCAGGAAGGCUGCUGCUAGAUUUAGGGCUUAUCGGCAGAGUGACAUUUUGUCUCAAGAAAACCAAAGACAAAGGAGACAAACAAACAAAAGAACAGAAAACAAACAAAACACCCCAAAGUACUCAGUUUUCAUCUCUUUUCCUUAGAGGGCUUUCUAGCUCAGUGUUCCUGUGUAUGCCUAUCCAAACAACAUUUUUCAUGUUAUUUUCUUUUUAAAGCACUAGCUAUCUAGUCAAAUCCAGUGUUAUCCUGUGUUACCCUAGCUUCUCCAGGAAUAAAUUUUCUCUCUUCCAUUUUAUAAGACCUCAAUAACAAACGUUUAGCAAAAAUAUUUAGAUUUUCCAGGCUAAGCCUCCAAGCUCCCCCAAAGCCUAGAUUCUUGAAAAGCAGUUUGCACUGAUUAAAAAGGAAAAAAAAAAUCUUUUGUAAAUACCUUGGAGAUUGAUUCAAUAAGCUGCAUUUGCUCUCUGUGUGUUGUCGGAUCGCCUGUCUGUUCUGUGGGCCACCGGGUCGCUUUCUGUGAAGACAGGUUCCGUGGGAGGACAGACGCCUAGUUUCCCAGAAGUGAACGUGGCUGCAAUGAUAGUGCCUGUGCCAAAGCUGGCUGCCCUGUGGCAAGCGUUCUGAUUCAGUUUUCACACAAAUGGACCUUCAGAGUUCAGCUCAGGAGUUCAGCUUUGAGAACCAGGGUCAUGCACACCGCGUUUCAGUGGUUCUGCCGCGUGUAGGAAGCCCAUGCUCGUCUGUCUUGCUUGUACGAUGUCUCUGGUGUCAGCUGGGCAGUUGAUAAGUCUUCUGACCUUGUCACUUUAGAUGCAGCAAUAUGACUUGAUAUUGGCUCAUACGUGGAGGCAGAAGGAUACAACUUUGUAACAUUUUAAAGGUUCGUAAUUAACUUUUCAAUAAAGCUCAGCCUCACAGGCCUGAA